GUAAUGCAUUCCUGGUUGAUCUAGUUCUCGUUCGAAAACCAAAAUCUAAAACAAAACAUGCAAAGUGACCUGUUUCGGGCUCUUCUGAUCACAGGACCUCCAGGAGUUGGUAAAACCACGCUGGUUCGCAGGAUCUGCUCAAAGCUAGGUGAGAAAGGUCACUCCCUGCAAGGAUUCUACACGGAGGAAGUGCGUGAAGCUGGCAAUGGCCAACGGAUUGGAUUUGAUGUGGUUACUCUAAGCGGAGAACGAGGUGUCCUGGCCCGAAGCAUAAACGUAGGCGAGACCGAUAAACGACGCCCCAAAGUGGGCAAGUAUUGGGUGUAUGUCCAGGACUUUGAAGACCUCGCACUGCCACAGCUGGAAAUCAAGGAUGAUGGAGAGAAGCCAGGGCUCCUGGUCAUUGAUGAAGUGGGUAAAAUGGAGAUGUUUAGCAAGAGAUUCGAGACCACCGUUGAUAAUCUCCUAGAGAAGAAACUAAUUCCUUUAGUGAUCACAAUACCCGAAAAGAGCUCCCUGAGGUUGGUGGAGCAGCUUAGGAAGUCACCCAAAUCAAUGCUGUUUCAGGUGACAAAAUCCAACAGGGAUUCGCUUGCGAAAAAAAUCGCGGAUCUAAUCACAAAGUCAAUGCUGGUAACAAAAUAAAGAUGCUUGUCUGGGUUUUA